CAUUUUUUAAAAAUUUCAAAUCCGGCGCCCAUGCGUCCCGACGUCACAGGGACCGAAACACGGAAGCCGGAUGCCGGCAUCGGCCGGAGGAGAUGGCCGGGGACGCUGCAGGGGACACAUCGUGGGAGCGAAGGACAAGGUAAGUGAAGAACAAAUGCCGGAGCAGUGCCGCAUGGUAUUCCCGAGUGUAGCUCGGGGUUACCGCUCUUGGUACUGAAAUGUUACCCCGAGCUACACUCGGGAAUACCGCCAAGGAGGUUGAUCAUCACUAAGGUG